AUGGGCCGCACAGCCCCCCACAACCUGAGCUGUGUCUCCUACAAACACCCCAGCGUGAGGGGGGCGCUGGGGGGCUCGGGGGGGGCUGCGGGCGGCACCGUGCGCUGCCCCCCCGGCCACUGCUGCAUCGGCAUCUGGAACCGCAGCCAGGCGCUGGUGCAGGGCUGCUGGGGGGGCGGGGGGGCCGCGUGCCCCUCCUCUGCCUGCGCCCCCACCCCCGCGGGCCCCCCCGGGGGCACCGUCCGCGUGUGUCUGUGCCACGGGCCCCUCUGCAACCGACACGGCAGCGCGGGGGGGGCGGCCCCGGCCCGGCCCGGUACGGCCCCGGGGGGGGGCACUGACACCGUCCCUGUGCUGGGGUCUGCAGGACCCCUGUGGCUGUGGGGAGCUGGACCCCCCCUGCUCUUCCUCCUCCUCCUCCUCCUCAGCUGCCUGGCUGUGCUGGGGCUGCGACGGGCCAGGGCUCAGCCGGGGGGGGCACCCCGGGGGGGGCAGAGGGUCAGGAGCCCCCCAGAGCCCCCCAGCCCAGAGCUGCCUGCUCUGCACUUCCUGCAGGUCUGCAGCGGGGGCCGCUUCAGCGCGGUGUGGCGCGGCUCCCUGCGCCGCCAGCCCGUGGCCAUCAAAGCGUUCGCGCCGGGGGCCGGGCGGCGCUUCGCGGCGGAACGCGCCGUGCUCGGGCUGCCGCUCAUGCAGCACGACAACCUGACCCGGCUGCUGGCGGCGCGGGGGGCGCGGCCCGGGGGGCGCGGCGGGCUGCUGGUGCUGCAGCUCUACCCCGGCC